UGUACUGAUGCCGUUUCUGGAGCGAAGAUAGUAACAGCAAUAUUUGAUUUUCAUAAGUUUUCUGACGAUGAGAUAAGCUUCAAAAAGCUAGACAAACUUAAAAUCCGUGAUGAUAUCACAAGUGAUAACUGUGAUUGGUGUUUUGCUGAACAUUUGUCUACGGGAGAUAAAGGCUAUGUUCCUAUUGCCUAUAUCUCUCAUGCCAGCCAAAAACUAAUAUCACAAGACUGGUGGUAUGAUAUUAGCCCAUAUGCUUCGGUGAUGUUGAUGAGCAAUCCGGACACUCCUGUGGGAACAUUUCUUAUACGUCCAUCUGACAGAGGACGGAUGUUUGUCUUAACAAUGCUGGUACCAAGUUCUUCUUCAAAUCAAGGAGUUAUAAAACACUAUCGUAUCCUGUCACAAAAUAAUCGACUUUUCAUCAGAUCUACACAAAAUUUCAGCGACAUCUUUUCGCUUGUUGAGCACUAUAAACGCUUUGCUGGUGGUUUGUUGUGCAAACUUAUGUAUACACUUCCAAAACAAAAUCCUGUUGUUUAUCCAAGGAGAAUAGAAAUUGAUAGAAAUGCGAUUGACUUUGUAAAUUCAUUUCCUGUCGGCAGCUUUGGAGAGCUUUUCAGUGGCAAAUUGUUCAGAACAUUAGAUGUUUAUAACCAUCGUGACAAAAUGCAAAAGUGAACUGGGUCAUUUUUUGGAUGAAGCCAAGAUGUUGUUUAAGUUUCGACAAUGUGAACACUUUGUAAAAAUGAUAGCUGUCGUUCUUG